AGGCAAAUUUCCACUUUGUGUUUUUAGUAGCAGCUCGCCCUGCCCGGCAGCAACGUGCCAGUCACACCCUCAGCACAGACGCAACCACUUCCAGACAGCCUUCCUUGAAGCUGGGUACCAGCUGGGGCUUGAGCAUCCUUAAGUGAACAUCUUCAGCCUUUGGACCAGCCUCCUCUCCAGCGAGAAGAACGGCAUGCACCUUAAUACAACUUCUUCGCUGUACCAGCUGGGAUACCUUAUGGGUCAAUUUCACCUGCAGCCUACCAGCUAUGCUCUGCCUACCUCCGGGAAUGUCUCCAACAGUUCAGAAUCUGGGUCCCGGAUGCCCAAUGAGGAGGAUCUAGAUGUGAACACAGACAUCUACUCCAAAGUCAUGGUCACCAUCAUCUACUUGGUGCUCUUCUUGGUGGGGACCAUUGGCAACUCCAUCACUGCCUACACCCUGGUGCAGAAGAAGUCCUUGCAGAAUCUUCAAAGCACCGUGCAUUAUCACCUGGCCAGUCUUGCAUUCUCCGACCUGCUUAUUUUCCUCCUCUGCAUGCCCAUUGAACUGUACAACUUCAUCUGGGUGCAUCACCCUUGGGCUUUCGGCAACGACAUCUGCAAGGGCUACUACUUCCUGAGGGAUGCCUGCACCUAUGCCACAGCCCUCAACAUUGCCAGCCUCAGUGUUGAAAGGUACAUGGCCAUCUGCCAUCCUUUUAAAGCCAAGAGUAUCAUGUCCCGAAGCAGGACCAAAAAAUUCAUCAGUUGCAUUUGGGUGGCUUCAUUUCUGCUGGCUAUUCCAAUGAUCGUGACCAUGGGAGAGGUGUACAAGGUACCCGAAGACCGAAACUCACUUAUCUGUACCCAGAUAGUGGAAGCAUCUACUCUUAAAUUUGUCAUCCAGGUCAAUGCCUUCAUUUCCUUUGUAUUCCCAAUGAUUGUCAUCUCUGUGCUGAACACCAUUAUUGCCAACCAGCUGAUCAUCAUGUUCAAGCAAGCCGCACAAGAAAACCAAGUAUGCACUAUUGGAGGGCAACAAACCAUGCUCAGCAUGUCUAUGGAACCUGGCCGUGUACAAGCCCUGAAGCAUGGAGUUCGAGUGCUACGAGCUGUCGUGAUUGCCUUUGUGGUCUGCUGGCUUCCCUAUCAUGUACGGAGACUUAUGUAUUGCUACGUGCCAGAAGACCUAUGGUCAGACUUCCUUUAUGACUUCUACCACUAUUUCUACAUGCUGACAAACAUCCUCUUCUAUGUCAGUUCAGCUGUCAACCCAGUCCUCUAUAACCUGGUGUCUGCCAACUUCCGCCAAGCCUUCCUCUCAACACUCUUGUUCAUGUGCCUGCCAUGGAGAAAGAAGAAGAAGAGGACCAAGUUCAACAGGAAGUCCAACAGUAUCUCCAGCAACCAUACCUUUUCCAGCCAAGUCACCAGAGAAACCACAUAUUGAGACCUGGGCAUUACCCAGGAAGAAAACAAUACGUGUCUCAAUUCAUGACAGAAUUGGAACUUGGGAAGAGGGCUUUACUGCUUUUAUACAUGGCCUCCAAAUCCACCAUAGCAUGAAUGUGUUUAGCUGGUUGUCAUACAUUGGAAUGAAUAGGUGUCUGUUCUACAAGGUUAACCUUGAGGUUCUGUUAUUGCAUCGGCCUCUGCCUAUUGUGCGUAAUGUCUCCAUGUUUUGUAAUUUUGAUCCAGCAUAGACAUCAUCUGUGAUGUCAUCCAGGAAGCCGUAGCAUUUAUGGAGUCAAUGUUGGCCAAGCUUGAAUGCUUCUUGUACAGCAGUCUAUCCAUUUCUCACUUUAAAAGUGCCAUGGAAACAUUGGGAGGGAGACUACCGUAAUAUCACUGCUUCUGGUGAUCUUGAGAUGAUAAAAUGAUAUGGAGGCUGGAUAGGUAUUGUGGUUAGUUUUUUGUUGUUUUUUUUAGUAAGAAGGGGUUGUUGUUUUUUUAGGGUGGGGAAAGGGCAACUUAUUCAGUAAGUCUUUAAAGAAAGAGGAAUGUAAGCUGUUCAAUAAAGAAGGGCAUGCAAUACUCAGGGAAUGAGGUUAUUGUUGUGUUUUUGAAAUUAGGUCUGAAUUCAGGUUCUAUAUCCGGUGUUUAAGAAGAGUCAUUAUGACUCUAGUUUAUUUCCCUGUUGGAAAUGCUUUGGUAAGUUAUUGGUGCCAUUUUUGGUUUAUCUUUUGGAAAUGAUAUUUCAGGUGUUCUGAUCCAGAGAACUGUCCAUUCUUUUGUUUUGUUUUGCAUUUGCUUCCCAUAGAGGGACUACAUUCCUUGAACAAUGUUAGCAUGUACAAGCAUCUUUAUAUAGAACAGACAGGUAAAGAAUACUUAGGAAUUUUCUUAUGCUCAGUGAAAAAGUGUGUCUUGAUACAUCAACUGACCCAUCAACUGCUAAAGAUUUUCCAUGUGACAAGACUUCUUUUUGCAAAAAGUAUUGGUAAAUGAAACUUUGUGUUUGUGCAAAAGGAAAAACACCCCUUGCAGUUUGUGCAAAAAGAAAUUUGUGUUUUGCCUAUAAAACAGCCUUUUUGGCCCAAAAGAUGCUAUAUUUUAUGCAAAAAAAAAAAUGGUGUCCUUUCCUUUCUGGGCAAAUUACUUUGCUUUGGACAGGAGACUGCACAAACCGCCUUGCAAAAACAAAGAAAAGUUAAAACUCUCAGAAGCACAAGGAGCAGGUGACAUUUUUAAAAAAUUAAUUGCUUUUCCACUAAAGACAGAAAUCCCCAAACAAACAACUCCAUACACCCAAAUAGUUACACCCCCGAUAUAGAAUAGCAAUGAUAUUGGCCAAGGCAAGAUUGUCUUCUAAACAGAGUGGAAUGCACUCCCUCGGAAGGUGAUAGAGUCUCCUUCCUUGGAGGUCUUUAAACAGAGGCUGGAUGGC